UUUGCACACUCCUUUUGCUCUCCAUGAAUUAAAACUUUCCUUUAUUUGUUUGUCCAUUUUCAUACAAAUAAUAAGAAUGCUUCUUCUUCUUUGUUUCUUUGGUCUCUGUGUCUUCCUCUUAUGCCUCCAAUGGCGCCACCCCAAACACAAACUUCUUCCCCCCGGUUCCAUGGGUUGGCCUUACAUCGGCGAGACCUUCAAACUCUACACCCAAAACCCAAACUCCUUCUUUUCCAUUAGGCAGAAAAGAUAUGGGGAUGUUUUUAAGACGCAUAUAUUGGGUUGUCCUUGUGUGAUGAUUUCAAGUCCAAAGGCUGCAAGAGUUGUGCUUGUGAGUAAAGCUCAUUUGUUCAAGCCAACUUAUCCACCAAGCAAAGAGAGAAUGAUUGGUCCUCAAGCUUUGUUCUUUCAUCAAGGUCCUUACCAUUCUCAUCUUAAGAAGCUCAUUCAAGCUUCCUUUUUGCCUUCAGCUAUUAAAGGCUCCAUCUCUCAAAUUGAGAACAUUGUUCUCCACCUUCUCCCCUCUUGGAAUAACUCCCAAAUCAACACCUUGCAACAAAUGAAAAGGUUUGCUUUUGAUGUGGCAAUGAUCUCAGCUUUUGGGGACCAACAAGACUUGGAAAUUGAGAGAAUCAAACAUUUGUACCAAUGCCUUGAAAAAGGCUACAAUUCUAUGCCUCUUGAUCUUCCCGGAACCCCUUUUCGCAAAGCAAUGAAGGCAAGGAAGGUGUUGAGUGAGACAUUGGUGAAAUUGAUAGAGAAGAGACGGCGGAGGAAAGAGUAUGGAGGUGGGUUGCUGGCGGUGCUACUGGGCGGCGGAGGCGGCGGCGGCGGGGGCGUGGAGGAAGAGGAGAAAAAGAAGCUGAGUGAUUCACAAAUAGCAGAUAAUAUAAUAGGAGUAAUAUUUGCGGCUCAAGACACGACAGCUAGUGUUUUAACAUGGAUUCUCAAGUACUUACACGACAAUCACCAUCUUCUAGAAGCUGUUAAUGAGCAAGAGGCAAUUUUACAAAGUAAAGUGUGCGAAGGGAACCGUGGCCUUUCGUGGGAUGAUACUAGGUGCAUGCCCUUCACUAGCCGGGUGAUCCUAGAAACCCUAAGAAGAGCAAGUGUAGUGUCAUUCACAUUCAGAGAAGCAGUAGAAGAAGUUGAAUUUGAAGGUUAUUUAAUCCCAAGAGGAUGGAAAGUUCUUCCACUCUUCAGAACCAUUCAUCACUCUCCUGAUUUCUUCCCACACCCCGACAACUUUGAUCCUUCAAGAUUCGAGGUGCCACCUAGACCAAACACGUACAUGCCAUUUGGAAAUGGAGUGCACUCGUGUCCAGGCAGUGAGAUGGCUAAGCUUGAAAUGCUUGUUCUUCUUCACCACCUCACCACCACUUACAGAUGGAAAGUAGUGGGAGAGGAAUCUGGAAUACAAUACGGUCCAUUUCCUGUACCUAAAGAUGGCUUACCCAUAAAAGUAUUUCCAAGGAAGAGGAAGAUAACUUCUUACAAUUGAUGAAGAAUAUUAAGAGUUCUCAUUGGACAAAGCUGAAAGCUGAAAACCACAACUCCUGUUUUUUCCAUCUUUAACACCAUUUUCCAAUUUCCCAAUAGUAAUAUCCUUCUAUAUUACUUAUUGUACUAAGUCUUUUUUGUCGGGUUUGCCAUAAUUGUCAAAGCAGUCUAUGUUCAUUGAGCUUCAAACUUCAAUUUGUUUAUAUUCAAUGAAGAAAGAGAGAAACAAACCCCUCUUCUAAUCUUGUGUAUAAUGUGAAAGAAAGUUUCGAGGGCUUUGAGAAUGAAAUGUGAGUGGUCAGAAUCAUGGAUAAGGUUGCUUUCAUUUUGGUUAAUGGAUGUCUUGACUGAGCCCCCCAAAGACAGGCCCUUCCGCUCCCUCUUUGAAGUGUGAAAGGGCAAAGGACAAAGCUUGGCCUUGCUGUAAGGCAGACCCACGAGGAGGUAAUAAUAAUAUUGAUAAUUAAUACGCAAAAUGGUGUCUUUGUUUCGAGACAUAUAACAUCACAGUACGGUGUGCUCCCUAGGAUUCCACGUUGUGCUGUGUCAGGGCACCAAGAUUGUAGGCCUGAUAUGCUAAUUACCAUUCAGCUUAAGGGGCACUGGUGGAGGGAUUUUUGGAAGUUCAAUCAUUAUGUCAAUUGUAUUUGAAAGGAGACAACAUUUGUCUAUCAACUUUGUUUUAACAUGUUUAAUUUCGGCCCUCCCAAGUUUCUUCUCUUCUGAUAAGGUUCUGUUUCUUUUACCACCAUUCAUUUUGUACCAUUGUUCUUUUUUAGAUAUUUAAUCCAAUUCUAUAUACUGAAUUAAAGCUUCAAAG